CGAAAUCUGAACCCGAAACAAGCCUGUCUAAAACGGCGCGAGGAAGAAAAAAGCGAGAAUCACUUCAAUAACAGCACAGGCAGUAGCACGCCUGGAACCGGUCUCGGUCUGCCUCGUUUGAGCAACUCGACUUCACUUGGGAGUGCAACGGUGACCGGAACCGGUAUGGGAUUUGGGACCACCUCGCAUCCGACCACCUCGAUUGGGUCCAUCAAUUCGGCGACGGGUGCACUGGGGUCCAGUUUUACACCAAAUGUGAACUACGAAUUACGUGUUCCCGUGAUUCCUCCGUCAAAUGUUUAUGGUGAUUCGAUGCCACCUUCUGGGCAGACACAAGGACACAGGCCGGACUUGGAUCAUCAAUCCGGUUCAUUGCUGAUGUCGCUAACGGAUUCCGUUCCUGGUGAACUCUGUGUGCCACCGAGUUUCAAUGUUUCCGGCUCUGGCCUAACGGACGAGUCUUAUGGAACUGGUUCAUCGGCUCAUGUGCCCCAUCUUGCUCAAGCUGCGCAUCAUCAUCAUCACCAUCAUCAUCACACGUCACAUUUGCAGUCGUUGAAUUUUCCUUCCACGGGUUCAUCUGCAUCGGUAACCGCCGAUGCGACCGGUUGGUACGGCUCUGGUUGUUCACCACAGUCGAUUGUUCCCACGAACACCAUGGAUCCAACCGAUUCGGGACGUAAUUCGGCUCAACAUGCCUACUCGGAUUUGCCGAUUGGUUGUGAGUCCCAAACCGCCCGUCGAGCGACCAUGAUCCCGGAUGAUGAUGCGGAAGGGGACGACGAAGAUGGCGAUGGUGAUUACGACGGAGACGAUCUGAAUGCGGACGAAUUGGAAAGCUGCAGUCCGGCUGGAGAUGACGAGGAUGAGGACGAUGACGAUGCCAUUCUGGGCGGUCCAUCGAAACGCGGAUCGACCAACCGAACCGUGACGUCAACAACGGCCUAG